AUGAGAGAACUGAAACUUGAGCACUGGUCCCGGUUGGGCCGGUUCCGUCGGAGCAAAUGGAUGAACAUUGGCAAGCAGGGAUCGAAUAUAAGGUUCAUGCAAGGCAGGUUGCUUUGUGACUUGGCCAGCGAUGGUGCAAAGAGUAUGAUCCAAUCGACGAGUUGGUCGUUGACAGAAAUGUGCCAAUCCCAGCUCAAAAUCACGCGCGAGGACAUAGAUCCAGACGAUACAACAUCGUUCUUUGAUGCGACUGUCAGCUCCCCGGACCGCCUUUUACAUUUUGUUCAACACUGCAACUCACAAACUUGGCUGGAAAUUCCUGGAACAAAAACCUUGAACGGUGGCCGUGCCGAGCGCAACGAAUACAUCUUGUUGCACGAAUUCCAUCGCCUGAAGUACGUCCCGCCCGACAAGACAUGGGCCAAGAAGUCGGGGGCUGCUGCAGCCAAAGCCGAAGCUGUCGAUGAUGAAGGCGGAGCUGCGCCGGUAGCAGCCAAAUCAAAGCGCGACAAGUACAAGGGCGGUCUCGUUUUCGAGCCCAAGCGUGGCUUGUGGGAUAAAUACAUCCUGGUCAUGGACUUUAACAGUCUGUACCCGAGUAUUAUUCAAGAGUAUAACAUCGACUUUACGACGGUCGACAAGACGGAUGAUGAUAGCGGAGAAGUCAAGAUACCCGCCAUUCCUGAUAGUGGUAUCCCUCAAGGUGUUUUACCUCGUCUUAUUGCCACUCUAGUCGAGCCCAAGCGUGGCUUGUGGGAUAAAUACAUCCUGGUCAUGGACUUUAACAUCAACCGUCGAAGGCAGGUCAAGAACCUGAUGAAGGACAGGACUGCUACUCAGGCGCAACUUGUACAAUGGGACAUCAAGCAAAAGGCACUGAAAUUGACAGCUAAUUCCAUGUAUGGUUGUCUUGGCCGUGAGAUUCUUACCCACACUCGCGAGCUCGCCGAAAACUUGUCAUUGGACGUCAUUUACGGUGACACAGAUUCCAUCUUCGUCAACUCUAAUGUAACGGAUCUACCGGAUGCUCUCAAGAUUGCGAAUGAACUCAAGAAGGCGGUGAACGAUCGAUACCGCCUGCUUGAGAUCGAUUUGGAUGGAAUAUUCCGGCGUAUGCUGUUGCUACAGAAGAAAAAGUACGCAGCUGUCAAGGUCGAAGAGAUGAACGCUUCCUCUGUGGAGAUCAAGGGUCUAGAUAUGAAGCGCCGAGAAUACUAUAUAUUCUCGACCAAAUCCUGUCGGGAGACGACGCCGAGACAGUGGUUGAGCGCAUACAGAAUACUUGAGAUGGAUGGGGAGAAUAUUCGAGGCGGAAAAGUAGACAUGGACGACUUUAUUGUCUUCAAGCGAUUGGGAAAAGCACCUGAAGACUAUCCCAAGGACAACUCUUUGCCGCACGUGCACGUCGCAAAGCGGAUGAAAGAGCGUGGCGGUCAUGCUCGCAUUGGCGAUGUCAUACCUUACAUCUUCUGCCUAGGAGGCGAUGGUACUUCCGUCAAGACCGGUCAAGCAGACAGAGCAUUCCACCCUGACGAACUUCGGAAGACUGAUAGCGAGUUAAAGAUAGAUUUCGAGUACUACAUCGCUCAGCAGAUUCUGCCGCCUGUUGAACGUUUGUGUGAUCCUAUAGAAGGCACAGACCGUGCACGUCUAGCCGAGUGUUUGGGCUUGGAUCCCUCACGCUUCCAAGUCAGCGUCGGCGUCAUCGAUGAUGACCCCUAUAGAACUCUUGACUCCCAAAUUCCUGAUAAAGAACGAUUCCGCGAGGCUGCUCAGUUCACUGUGAAGUGCCGAAAAUGUCAAGGAUCGACAGUAUUCCCCUCUGUAGGAUCACCCGAAGCGCCGGUCAUCACUUCGGCCGGUGUGCGAUGUCCAGGUUGCUCCGAAGAAUUGACAUUGGCUAGCAUACAAGUCCAACUCGAAACACAGCUCCGACAACAGAUCAACAAUUACUACUCGGGAUGA